CCAGGAACCCAGGGUUCUUGUUUAGUAUCAGUAAACCCCACCACUGCCCCUUUAACUCCUGCGCUGCCGCCCCCCUCUUCCAUCAGCUGUUCCUCCUGUCAGGCCUGACCCCUGACUAAUGCCAGUCGGGAGCUGUCAGGCAGAGCCAGCCGGGCAUUCCCUCUCCCAGCUGCAUUGUGGGUACAAGCAGAGAUGCAAAGAUGGCUGAGAAGCAGAAGCACGAUGGCCGGGUUAAGAUAGGACACUACAUCCUGGGGGACACCCUGGGGGUCGGCACCUUCGGCAAAGUGAAGAUGGGGGAGCACCAGCUGACGGGACACAAAGUCGCGGUGAAGAUCUUAAACCGCCAAAAGAUUCGGAGUCUGGACGUAGUCGGCAAAAUAAAGAGGGAAAUUCAGAAUCUGAAGCUUUUUCGUCAUCCGCAUAUUAUUAAACUGUACCAGGUGAUCAGCACGCCCACAGACUUCUUCAUGGUGAUGGAAUACGUACCUGGCGGAGAAUUAUUCGACUAUAUAUGCAAACACGGGCGGGUAGAGGAGCCGGAGGCGCGGCGCCUGUUCCAGCAGAUCCUGUCGGCUGUAGAUUAUUGUCACAGACAUAUGGUUGUUCACCGGGAUCUGAAACCAGAGAACGUGUUACUGGACGCUCACAUGAAUGCCAAGAUUGCUGACUUUGGUCUGUCUAACAUGAUGUCUGACGGCGAGUUCCUACGUACGAGUUGCGGCUCCCCGAACUACGCCGCCCCUGAAGUCAUAUCAGGAAGACUGUACGCCGGACCUGAAGUGGACAUAUGGAGCUGCGGGGUGAUCCUGUACGCCCUUCUGUGUGGGACGCUGCCCUUCGAUGACGAACACGUCCCGACCCUCUUCAAGAAGAUCCGCGGAGGAGUUUUCUACAUCCCCGAGUACCUGAACCGCUCGGUGGCCACAUUGUUAAUGCACAUGCUGCAGGUCGACCCCCUCAAACGUGCCACAAUCAAAGACAUCAGAGAACAUGACUGGUUCAAGCAGGAACUACCUAGCUACCUGUUCCCAGAGGACCCAUCGUACGAUGCCAAUGUGAUCGAUGACGAGGCGGUGAAGGAAGUCUGUGAGAAGUUUGAGUGCACGGAGUCGGAGUUCAUGAACAGCCUGUACAGCGGGGACCCUCAGGACCAGCUGUCGGUGGCAUACCAUCUGAUCAUAGACAACCGGAGGAUCAUGAACCAGGCCAGUGAAUUCUACCUCGCCUCCAGUCCACCCACUGGAUCAUUCAUGGAUGAGAUGCACAUGCACCCGGGGGUCAAGCCUCACCCCGAGCGGAUGCCACCAUUGAUUGCCGAUAGCCCUAAAGCCCGGAAUCCAUUGGAUGCUCUGAACACCACCAAACCCAAGCCCCUAGCCGUGAAGAAAGCCAAAUGGCACUUAGGGAUCCGCAGUCAAAGCAAACCUCACGAUAUCAUGGCGGAGGUCUACCGGGCAAUGAAGCAGCUGGAUUUUGAAUGGAAGGUGGUGAACCCUUAUCAUCUCCGAGUGCGGCACAAGAAUCCUGUAACCGGCAAUUACGUGAAGAUGAGUCUGCAGCUCUACCAAGUGGAUAAUCGCAGUUAUCUGCUGGACUUCAAGAGCAUCGACGAUGAAGUCAUGGAACACAAGUCGGGCUCCUCUACGCCACAGCGUUCGUCUUCUGCAGCCCGCCUGCACCGACCGCGGCUGAGCAUAGAUUCUGAAUGCCCUUCCCAAAGCGGGUCCAUGUACGGGUCCUUGUCUGGCUCCUUCUCUCUGGCGAGCCCUAGGAUAGGUAGCCACACUAUGGAUUUCUUUGAAAUGUGCGCCAGCCUGAUCACCACAUUGGCCCGCUAACAAACACCAUGUGACAUACUCGGCUCUGUCCUAUGGUUGUCAUCACGGUCGUUGCCUUGUUGGAUAUUAAUUGGAUUCUGAUUGUUUGGAGUCUGAAUAUUUUUUUUUUUUUUUACUUAAAGGGAUUCUUCACCUAGAUUUACUAUUUAAAAAAAUAAUUAAAUCUGAUUAAUAAUGCCAGCAAAAAUGGGCAAUGAUACGGUGCAACCACUGCCAAGUUGGGGCAUUGGUAUCAGUUGUGGCCAAUGGUCUGGACCCACCUCUAGCACCCUUGAGAUAUUCCUACUACUCCUGGGUUCUGCUUCCCCACUGAAAAGUGCCAGGAUGGAAUAUUGGUGCUUGGCGGAAUAUUGUGGUGUAAACUGGUGUCGUAACCCCAGACAACCCCAGAAGUUUCUAAGAGCAUUUCUAUAGGUACCAUAGAAGCAGAUAAUGUUGCCGCUCUGCAGACUAUGGAGGGAAAUGUCCAGUUCUAGUUGCUCCCAUCACUUUUUUUAUUGGAUGACAGGAAGCUGUGGAAACUCCUCCCCAGAGGAACUGCUAUCUCCCCUCCCCCCCAGAGGAACUGCUAUCUCCCCUCCCCAGAGGAACUGCUAUCUCCCCUCCCCCCCCCAGAGGAACUGCUGAAUAUGGAGAUGGGAUGUUGUCUCAAGAAUGCCAGAAAGAGCAUGUAGACAACAAAGUCACCAAAUUUUGAAAGCCAAAAAUUUGCAUAUUUCGGCUCUUCCCCAUGACCACCGGGGAAUACCCACAUUUUGGGUGGGGUUUACAUAAAAAAAACACCCCCAUUACGGCUUUGAUUGUGGGAUCAUCCUGCAAAAUUGGGACUGUUGCCAAAGUACAGUGGUCUUGGUCUUUGAACACCAGUCAGACCCACCAGUAUAAUAGGCGCCCGGUAUAAAUUGUUGCUAUAGGGCCCCUUCUUGUCUAUAUACAGUACCAAAAACCACCAGGUAAUGCCCACAUUUGGGUGGGGUUUACAUAAACAACAAACCUCUUCCCUUUGUGACUUUAAUCGUGGAUUCAUCCUGCAAAUUCGGGACUGUUGUCAAGUAUAGUCUUUGUCCUUUGACACCAGCCACACACAAGGGGCCCAGUGUGAUCUAUUGAGGGACCACUUCUUGUCUUCACAAGCAUACCCCAUGGUUAAAGGGGUACUCCACCCCUAGACAUCUUAUCAAAAGGAUAGGGGAUAAGAUGUCCGAUUGCAGGGGUCCCACAGCCACGCCCCCUCCCAUAGACUUGCAUUGAGGGGGCGUGGCUGGGACAUCACGACCCCCGUCGUAUGCACCCAGCGUUCGGAACAAAAUGUUCAGAGCACUGGGGCAGCAGAGUAUCCCUUUAACAGAUGCCCCCAUUGACAUAAUAUUGACAAACAGAAUGUCCCAGCAACCAGUCAGUCUCAGGUCUCUAGUUUUCCAUACCAGCCCUGAGGUGAGAACAAAGAGGUGGGCCAAAGAUGUCGGUCAUACUCAAACAAUACUUUUUUCUUAACAUUUUUGAUGGGAAAACCCCUUUAAUUAAAAAA